AGGCCGAAGUUCGUUCUUCCAAUUUUGUCCCUCUUUCGACGGCCGAAGCAAGCCAGGAAAGGGAAGGGCAAAAUGGGAAUCGAAGAAAUCAGCUGCGAGUGUCCGGCGCCACUGCCGCUGCUGUCCCUGAAUCACGUGUCGUUCGUGUGCAGAUCGGUGAGGAUUUCAGUGAGGUUUUACGAAGAGGUGUUGGGAUUCGUGCCGAUCAAGCGCCCAUCCUCUUUCAAUUUCAACGGAGCUUGGCUGUUUAAUUAUGGAAUCGGGAUUCACUUGCUAGAGAGCAAUAAGAUGGAAGACAUUGCUCAACAACAGCAGGUCAUCAACCCCAAAGAUAACCACAUUUCCUUCCAAUGUUCGGACAUGGGUCUAGUGAAGAGAAACCUGGAAGAGAUGGGAAUCAAGUAUGUCACAGCUGUGGUUGAGGAGGGAGGAAUUAAGGUCGAUCAGCUCUUCUUCCAUGAUCCCGACGGAUACAUGAUCGAGAUCUGCAACUGUGAUAAUCUCCCAGUACUUCCUCUCUCUGCUUGCCCUCUCAAGCCAAAGGAGAGUAAUUUGAAGAUUCAAUCAUCGAAAUCUCCAUUAAUCCUUCCUCUCAAUGAAAAGGAGAGAAGUUUCAAGGCAGUUGGGUGCGGAGUAAUGGAGAAUUUGAUGAUGGAAAGCUUGAGCAUGAAUAUGUUGAACAUGUCCUUUUGAGUGUGAGAUCCUAUCAUAUUAUCUUAAGCAAUGUGUCCUUACUAUGAAGUUAUGGUUUGUUUGUAUGUGGAGUUGCAUAAAGAUGAAGCAUAGUGAAGAUGUAUUUUAUUUUAUUUUUUGUUACUUUCUUGUUUUUAAUAAGUGAGGUUGGGACAAAAUUCAAUAAACUUAUCAAGUAUUGCCCAACUAUAUUUUGUUUUACUUGCUUUUCUCCAAUCUCUACUAUUAAUGUCAAUAGCUUUGGACA